AUGGAUCCCAAAAUGCCCAACCGCUGUGCCGCACCAAAUUGUAAUAUUUAUACAGAUAAAUCAGACGUCCCAUUUUUCAGAUUUCCAUUGGACUCGGAGCGGUAAGUGCAAUGUAGUUGUGUUAGAUGUACAUAGUGUACAAUCCACUACAAACUAUACUUUUUAAAGUUAAGUUUGUAUUCUUCAUUAGCAAGCUAGCUAGCUGGCUGAUCCAUUGAAACCUCUCGAGCUUGCUAGCUAGCCUAGCUUGUGCUAACGUUGAUGGUAAUGGCAAAUAUGGGUUGUUUGCUAGCCAGCUAGCUAGCUUGCUAAAAGGCUACAUUAUGGUUAAGGAAACAGUAUUAUUUAUGUAAUGUUAAGGAUGAAUUAAAAGUAUGUUUUAGUGAGAGUGUGGUCCCUGGUCAGCCCUCAAAGUUAUGAAAGUUAUCUUUAAUCUGACAACAUCCUCUUGAAAUGUUGAACUCUAGCUAGCUAGCUAGCUAGCUAGCUAAAUUGGGUAGUCAUAUUAAUCAGGCUGUAAUACACAAUUCAUUUGUAUCAGUGAUGUAGUGGUAAAACAAAGGUGGGUAAACUAUACAUUCCAGUGGGCGAUCGAGAUCAGACGAACAACCACCGAUAUAAACCAAAACAUUACAUUUUUAGAACUGCAUUGUUUGAUUCCAUUUUCAUGCAGGUCUAUAGGGAAGGCCUACUGUAAUUUUAUGUAGUUAUAAAUUACACAAUGCACAUCAGGUCGCCCUCGAAAAAUAGUUAUUUGGACUGGACACUAGAAAUGUCCAGAGAGAUAGGAUGUGGAUAUCUUUAUAUUGAAAUGUGUUAUCUUUUUAAUCACGUUCAUGUUCUUAGUAUCUCGUGUGAGCUGCACUGCAAUUCAGUUCUGUUUUGUAAAAUGCCCCUGUAUAAAAGUCCCAUAGUUGACUCUAAAAUGUUGUACACCUAUAUGCGUUUGAAUAGAAACAUGUUAUUGUGUUUGAUGCGAUUACAGAUUCUCUCAGGGGAUCCCAUUUAAAUUUGAGGGGACCCCAAGUUUGGGAACCGCUUUAACCUCUCAGCUUGCUUCCUCUCUGUGUCUCCUGCAUUGCAGCCUGCCUCAGCUUCACCACGGUCUGCCUCACCACUGUCUGUAAAGCAAAGUUAUUUUGUUAUGUGAAUUUAUGUAGCCUGUCUUUUGUUAAGAUUAUAGCUAGCUUAAUUUCAGUCAAUUGCUCCUGCUGAGGUCAAGCUCUGUUAAACGUUAGCUUCUAACGCCAUCCUUAAAGCCGGAUAGCCAUCUGACUGAAAUAUCAGCGACUAUUUACCAGUUGUACACUCAUUCUCAGAGAGUAGUUUUUUUUUUGUUUGGGGGAUGUUUGUUGACACGGCAGGAGUCGGGACGGUAAAAAAAUUGCCUUAUGUCCGGCAUCUCACAAGGCCACUGUCAACGGCGUCUUUCUGCCAAUUCACUUGCCAGCUUUGGUCUGGGCCAGUGGUGGAAAAAGUACCCAAUUGUCAUACUUGAGUAAAAGUAAAGAUACCUUAAUAGAAAAUGACUCAAGUUCUCUUGAUAAGUGAGUGAAUUUGACAAUUUUCCUGUCCUGCUAAGAAUUCAAAAUUUAACGAGUACUUUUGGGUGUCAGGGGAAAUGUAUGGAGUAAAAAGUACAUUCUUUUCUUUAGGAAUGUAGUAAAGUAAAAGUAGUCCAAAAUAUAAAUAGUAAAGUACAGAUGCACCCCAAAACUACUUAAGUAGUACUUUGAAGUAUUUUUACUUAAGUACUAUACACCACUGGUCUGGGCUGAAGCAGUUCGUUCCACGUCUUGGCCUGUGCCGUGGGCGGAGUUUGACUUUGGACAGAGUGGUGAAUGAAUAUGCUGCUAACAAGACAAAUCCGGGGGGAGUAGGCGAACAUAAUGAGCAUACCUAAAUCGUGAUUCCACUCUUCGCAGAGAGGCAGUCGCGAUUUAGAACUCAGAUCAAGAAUAUUAGUAUUGUGACCGUUGAUCAACGCUGGGAACACAAUAAUAAGUGGGUAAAUGUUAAUUAACUAAAUAAAAAGGCGAGUAAACGCUAUUUCACAAAUUAAAAGGUACUUAAACUGUGUUUACCCUCCACAAAAUCCCCAAUUGGUGCAUAUACAGCCUGAAACUAAUGCAUGCACAAUCGUGUAAAUGUUCCUACAAGCCAUAAUGUUGAAUAAAUUACAUUUAAACUUACUCUGCCGAUUGUCUACAUGGUUUGUCCUUCCGCUGCUUGAAUUUUGAGACAAAAUAUCCACAGCAAAGUAGCUAGUUAUUGUUUACCCAACUUUUUAGAGGGCCUGUAGGUAUAGAUGGGUUAGCUGACAACGUCCCGAAAACGAUGCACAUGCUUCAAUGGGGCAGAUGUCCAUGAGUUUUUGUGAUUCUGGAUGGCCAGAUGGCUUCCAACAAUGACAAACUGCCAUGCAGGGAAUCAUAAGUGACUAGUUUCAGCUAGUUUCAUCUUGGUUUUGAUACCAUGUCUUGUUUUGACUGAUUUCAUGUCAAUGCUAAUAGCUAGCUAACCAACAACUGUAACAAUGUAUUUGAGACAAGUGCAAAUUUAUUUUUUCAAUAAGCAUUGGAGACUAAAUAUAGUUGACAUGUUGUCAACAAUCUAGCCAACCCCGUCUGUUUUUCCCCAUAGUUGCGCACAUGUCGCUUUUGUUGCUAAACAACCAAACCGUCUAUAGAGGUCGCCAGCUUGUAGUCCUAAAAAACAUAAAUUAUUUCAGCCAUUCCUAUGGGGAAGAAUAGGGUUUUGGGAUAAACGCCGAAAAUAAGGUCUGAGGUUAACACAGGCUUAGGAGAUCUUAUACGUUUUGUUCUAUGACAAUAUCCUUUAUGUGCUUACAAAAAAUAUAUAUAUAUAGAUAAAUGCUUCAAAAUUCACAGUGACAGGUGAUGAAGAUUAUCUCUUAGAACAAAAUGUAUAAGAUCUCUUAAGCCUGUGUUUAUCACAGACCUUAUUUUUGGCAUUUAUCCAAAAACCCUACAAAAACUCAAUUUCCCCAUAGGUUUGGUCCAACCAUGGUGGAGUUAGCCAUUACUAUUGCUCUCUAUAUGUUCGGUUUGGCACCGAGGUAAAGUUCGUUUUAUAUUGGAUGUUCGAUUUUCGCUUGUCAAUAGCUAUUGAACCAGGCAUGCCAGUAAAGUUUAAAUUUAAUUGUAUUCAACAUUCUGGCUUGUAAGGAACAUUUUACACGAUUUUGCAGGCAUUAGUUUCAGGCUGUAUAUGCAAAAUGACAGUGUCUAGGGUUUACUGAGAAUGGCAGUCCUGUGGUCGAAAAACAGCUUGUUGAUGAGAGGUCGAAAGAGAAUGGCAAGAAUCAUGCAAGCUAACAGGCGGGCCACAAACAGGCAAAUAACGGCGCAGAACGGCAUCUCGGAACGCACAGCUUGUCGGUCCUUGUCACGGAUGGGCUAUUGCAGCAGACGACCACACCGGGUUCCACUCCUAUCCGCUAAAAACAAGAAGAAGCGGCUCCAGUGAGCGUGCGAUCACCAACAUUGGACAAUUUAAGGAGUGGAAAAACAUUGCCUGGUCCGACGAAUCCUGGUCCCUGUUGCGUAAUGCUUAAGGCAGAGUCAGGAUUUGGUGUAAGCAGCAUGAGUCCAUGACCCCAUCCGGCCUGGGGUCAAAGGUACAGGCUGGUGGAGGUGGUGUAAUUGUGAUGAUAUUUUGCUGGCACACGUUAGGUCUCUUGACACGUUAGGUUCCAUGCCCUGAAGAAUUCAGACUGUUCUGGAGGCAAAGGGGGGUCCGACCCGGUACUAGAUGGGUGUACCUAAUAAACUGUCCACUGAGUGUAUGUUGAGUCAAUGCAUCGAGUGUGUGAGCGUUAUGAAUAUAAACCCCCUGAAAAUAGUCAUUAGAAAUGUAACCUUACAGAAGUCAGGUCAGGGGGCAAGUUUGCCAUCAUGUAUACAGUUAAUAACGGUAAGUACAGUUAUUUUAACUGUAACAUUCCGUCUUAACAUUGUAGAAGCCAACCAGCCACAGGAUGGUGCUAUUAUUCCUUUUACGUCGUUUGUCAUCUUACAUCUGACUUUAAUGUGGCCAGCUGGCAAUACACUCACAUCCCCCAUGGACCGGCUUGUACUUGAAACAUCUUCCAUUCAGGAUGCAAAGGCAUCGGUUUCCUCCUUAACUCGAUUUAAUGGCUCGUCAGUGGGAAAUUGUCGACACCUAGAGGUUAUACGACAUCAGGAAGGUUACCUUGGCAUUCUUGGACACAGGGACUAUGGUGGUCUGCUUGAAACAUGUUGGUAUUACAGACUCGGUCAGGGACAGGUUGAAAAUGUCAUUGAAGACACUUGCCAAAUUAUUCUAUCUAAACUUUGUAGUCAAUUCUGACACUAAAAUAAAUGUGACUCAUAUCGAUGCCACAGGCCGUUUUCAAAACAAGAAGUUGCUUUUUAGGGGCAGUUGACCUCUAAUUCCAAUGCUUCUCUAGCGCAGAGACCCUUGGGCAUAGUUCUUCCUGAUGUCGUAUAACCUCUAGGUGUCGACAAUUUCCCACUGACGAGCCAUUAACUUGAGUGACUACCGACCUGUAGCACUCACGUCUGUAGCCAUGAAGUGCUUUGAAAGGCUGGUCAUGGCUCACAUCAACACCAUCAUCGAGAAACACUAGACCCACUCCAAUUCGCAUACCCUCCCAACAGAUCCACAGAUGAGGCAAUUUCUAUUUCCCUGUCCUUUCCCACCUGGACGAAAGGAACACCUACGUGAGAAUGCUAUUCAUUGACUACAGCUCAGCGUCAACACCAUAGUACCCUCAAAGCUCAGGACCCUGGGACUAAACACUUCCCUCUGCAACUGGAUCCUGGACCUUCCUGACGGGCUGCCCCCCAGGUGGUGAGGGUAGGCAACAACACAUCUCCAUGCUGAUCCUCAACACGGGGGCCCCUUAGGGGUGCGUGCUUAGUCCCCUCCUGUACUCCCUGUUCACCCUCGACUGCGUGGCCAAGCAUGAUUCCAACACCAUCAUUAAGUUUGCUGACAACACAACGGUGGAAGGCCUGAUCACCGACAACAAUGAGACAGCCUAUAGGGAGGAGGUCAGAGACCUGGCAAUGUGGGGCCAGGACAACAACCUCUCCCUCAACGUGAUCAAGACAAAAGAGCUGAUCGUGGACUACUGGAAAAGGAGGGCCGAGCACUCCCCCAUUCACAUCGACGGGGCUGUAGUUGAGCAGGUCGAGAGCUCCUUGAUGUGGUCCAAACACACCAAGACAGUCGUGAAGAGGGCACAACAAUGCCUAUUCCCCCUCAGGAGACUGAAAAGAUUUGGCAUGGGUCCUCAGAUCCUCAAAAUGUUCUACAGCUGCACAAUCGAGAGCAUCCUGACUGGUUGUAUCACUGCAUUGUAUGGCAGCUGCUUGGCAUCCGACCGCAAGGCACUACAGAGGGUUGUGCGUACCGCCCAAUACAUCACUGGGGCCAAGCUUCCUGCCAUCCAGGACCUCUAUACCAGACGGUGUCAGAGGAAGGCCCUAAAAAUGAUCAAAUACUCCAGCCACCCUAGUCAUAGACUUUUCUACCGCACGGCAAGCAGUACCGGAGCACCAAGUCUAGGUCCAAAAGGCUCCUUAACAGCCUACCCCCAACCCAUAAGACUGCUGAACAGUUAAUCAGAAGGCUACCCAGACUAUUUUGCGUUGCCCCCCAACCCCCCCCCCCCCCCCCUUUUUUUUUUAUGCUGCUGCUACUCGCUGUUUAUUAUCUGUGCAUAGUCACUUUACCCCUACCUACAUGUACAUAUUACCUCAACUAACCUGUACCCCCGCACAAUGACUCAGUACCGGUACCCCCUCUAUUAUUAAUUUAUUGUGUUACUUUUUAAAUCUUUUUAUUUAGUACAUAUUUUCUUAACUGCAUUGUUGGUUAAGGGCUUGUAAGUAAGCAUUUCACGGUAAGGUCUACACCUGUUGUAUUUGUCGCAUGUGACAAAUAAAAUGUGAUUUGAUUUCAAGUCAGUCUUGUCCAAAUCAUGCCCACAGCUGGCAGCACACAAGUAAUCAUCAAUUCAGAGUGCAGCUGCACACGACCCGAUCGUAAUGACAUUUGAUAUCUCUAUGGGUCUAGUUGGGGACCAUCAGUAAAUUACUUAAUGUACAUGGGACAAUAUUUUAAAUGUCAAUAGCGCCGCAUUUCAAUUACUUAACCUCAAGGCAACUAUAAAUUGUAGAAAUUCAUAUACAAAUAUUGUGCAACAUUAAUAUAUUGUCCCAUUUACACGGUCCCAUGUAGCUCAGUUGGUAGAGCAUGGCGCUUGCAACGCCAGGGUUGUGGGUUUGAUUCCCACGGGGGGGCAGUAUGAAAAAAUGUAUGCACUCACUAACUGUACGAGGCCAAAUCAGGAAGUGUAGUCGCCCUUUAAGUUACGCUGAAAUGACUGUAUCUGUUUAGCAGUACAUGUCCCACGUUGGAAGGCAUAUCCAAAGGUGGUAGACCGUUCUUAUUUAAUUGCCAUCCUUACAUCAGUGAGCAGUGUACAAUAAAGUAUUCAAUCCGGUUGUUAGAUGCUACCCCCCCCACAUCCCCCAAAAAGGCAACUUUUUUUGGUACGGUCCAACCGGCUUUAAUUACAAAGUCCACAGACAUAACGUAGAUUUUUUUUAUGGACCGGACUUGAUUUGGCCCAAACAUAGACAUCCAUAAUUGGUUCAGAUAUGGUUCAGUCCGGACCAGACCAAAUCUGAACCAAUCAUAGACGUUUAUGUUUCACAAGUUUGGACAGUUCAGUACAGUAAAGAAAAUGGAGUAGAGUAGGGCCCUAUAAAAUCUGCGAUGCAGAGAACACUCACGGAAUCCAGACAUUAAAAUGGACUUUAAAAAUGGAAUUUAUUGAAUCAACUAAAUGUAUUAAAUAUUUUAAUUCGACCAAGUUUAUCUUAAGACAUGAACAGGAUGCAUCAGUGAUUCGUUUUUCCUGCAACUUUCUGAAGAGGCAAUGGGAAUUCCCCAUGGCGUCUACCACUUUGUGUAGCCGUUAGCGAUGAUGCUAAUGAAUAGUGUUCUGGUAGAUGGAAAGGCUUUCCCAAAAACCUUCUAAAUUAAAUGUUAACUACAAAGUAGCCUAUGCUUACCUGGCAGAAUGUUAUUUGCAUCAAUCCGGUAUUUAUUUUGCAAACUCUACCAUCACAUGUGCGCUACAAAAACAACUAAACAACAGCCUCUUGCUAGGUGCCCACUGGCAUUAAAGGGUAACUACACCCAAAAAUCGAAAUGUCAAAAAGAAAAUACAGACCUCAAAAGUGGUCUACUGAUGUGGUUUAAGCAUUGUGUGAACAUAGAACAUCCAAUUUAGUUGUUUUUCUAUUUUUAAAAAAGUGUGAUUUUGAGAGUGAAAACCUGAAAAAACUGGGUAAAAUGGAAACCGGAGAAAACAGAAUUUUGGGAAAAUAGAAUCAUUAAGAAAGAAUAAUAAAAUGUAUAGGGCCCAAGUAGAGUAUAGUUCAGUACUGUACAGUAGAGCACACUACAGUUGAGCACUGUACUAUACUUUGAUGUCCAAACUUGUGAAACAUAGACAUCUAUUAUUGGUUCAGAUUUGGUCUGGUCCGGACCAACCAAAUGUGGUCUUGUUUGGGGGCGGAGCUCAUUAAAAUAAUAGCCAGUGUGUAGAAUGAAGCCCAAAUAUGCAAAGGAGGAUAUUGCAUGUUUAUACCUUUUUUGUAUACCUAUUUAGGAUACAUCACCACGAAGAGAAUAACAUUUAUAUCCAUAACAAUGCAUUUCUGUGUAGUACAGAUCCAUGAUGAAAUUCCGUUACCACAAUUAUGUUACUGGGUGUAAGUCCACUUCACUUACUGUAGUUCAAUAACCAAAACAGAUUUUUUUCAAACCCAAUGUGUCAUAUAAUAGCUGACACCCCAUUCUUUCUGCAGACAUAUUUGAAUCUUAAUUCGGAGCAGAUUUAAGAUUUUUUUGGGCAAACGUGGUCAUGCAGAAAAACUGAGGGAGAUUUUACCGAAAUUCUGUUACCUAACUUUGCAUCUGCACAGUUCUUCCAGUAAAUGUGUGUUUGUAAAAAUGUCUGUGUAAAUUGUUUGAAGUAGUCCUUGUUCAUAGAGUUAGAUGAUUUGUUAAACUUUGAAAUCAAUGGUUUUUGUUUUGUGUGAAAAAUCGGAGUCUCAGUGCAAUUCCAUUACCGUGGUUUAUGGAUUUAGGCCUACCUUCCAUGUCGCUAAACAGGUACAGUCACAGAAUGAUUUGCUAAUGAUAUGCAGAUAGAUCUUGUUCAUCGGUCUAUAACAUGGGGGCAGGCCUAUCCAUAUUGCAGUUUUGAAAUCUAAUCCUGUGAAUUUUUCCUUUCAGAUGUAAACAAUGGUUAAAUAAUUGUCAUCGAUCUGACUUGGAGCCAAAAACCCCUGAGGAGUUGCACAAUUCCUUCAAAAUUUGUGCAAAUCAUUUUGAGCCUUCCUUGAUCUGUCGUGACGUAAGUAUUAUUAUUUACUGAAGAGACCAGUUGUUAUUAAGGGCUGGGAAUUGCCAGGGACCUCGCGAAACUAUAUUAUCACGAUACUUAGGUGCCGAUACGAGUUGUAUUGCGAUGCUCCCAAUUCUAUAUUUAUUGUUGAAGGCAUAUUGAUGCAAACAAUAUUGCUCAAUAUAUACUGCUCAAAAAAAUAAAGGGAACACUUAAACAACACAAUGUAACUCCAAGUCAAUCACACUUCUGUGAAAUCAAACUGUCCACUUAGGAAGCAACACUGAUUGACAAUACAUUUCACAUGCUGUUGUGCAAAUGGAAUAGACAACAGGUGGAAAUUAUAGGCAAUUAGCAAGACACCCCCAAUAAAGAAGUGGUUUUGCAGGUGGUGACCACAGACCACUUCUCAGUUCCUAUGCUUCCUGGCUGAUGUUUUGGUCACUUUUGAAUGCUGGCGGUGCUUUCACUCUAGUGGUAGCAUGAGACGGAGUCUACAACCCACACAAGUGGCUCAGGUAGUGCAGCUCAUCCAGGAUGGCACAUCAAUGCGAGCUGUGGCAAGAAGGUUGCUGUGUCUGUCAGCGUAGUGUCCAGAGCAUGGAGGCGCUACCAUGAGACAGGCCAGUACAUCAGGAGACGUGGAGGAGGCCGUAGGAGGGCAACAACCCAGCAGCAGGACCGCUACCUCUGCCUUUGUGCAAGGAGGAGCAGGAGGAGCACUGCCAGAGCCCUGCAAAAUGACCUCCAGCAGGCCACAAAUGUGCAUGUGUCUGCUCAAACGGUCAGAAACAGACUCCAUGAGGGUGGUAUGAGGGCCCGACGUCCACAGGUGGGGGUUGUGCUUACAGCCCAACACCGUGCAGGACGUUUGACAUUUGCCAGAGAACACCAAGAUUGGCAAAUUCGCCACUGGCGCCCUGUGCUCUUCACAGAUGAAAGCAGGUUCACACUGAGCACAUGUGACAGACGUGACAGAUUCUGGAGACGCCGUGGAGAACGUUCUGCUGCCUGCAACAUCCUCCAGCAUGACCGGUUUGGCGGUGGGUCAGUCAUGGUGUGGGGUGGCAUUUCUUUGGGGGGCCGCACAGCCCUCCUUGUGCUCGCCAGAGGUAGCCUGACUGCCAUUAGGUACCGAGAUGAGAUCCUCAGACCCCUUGUGAGACCAUAUGCUGGUGCGCUUGGCCCUGGGUUCCUCCUAAUGCAAGACAAUGCUAGACCUCAUGUGGCUGGAGUGUGUCAGCAGUUCCUGCAAGAGGAAGGCAUUGAUGCUAUGGACUGGCCCGCCCGUUCCCCAGACCUGAAUCCAAUUGAGCACAUCUGGGACAUCAUGUCUCGCUCCAUCCACCAACGCCACAUUGCACCACAGACUGUCCAGGAGUUGGCGGAUGCUUUAGUCCAGGUGUGGGAGGAGAUCCCUCAGGAGACCAUCCGUCACCUCAUCAGGAGCAUGCCCAGGCGUUGUAGGGAGGUCAUACAGGCACGUGGAGGCCACACACACUACUGAGCCUAACUUUGACUUGUUUUAAGGACAUUACAUCAAAGUUGGAUCAGCCUGUAGUGUGGUUUUCCACUUUAAUUUUGAGACCUCCAUGGGUUGAUAAAUUUGAUUUCCAUUGAUAAUUUUUGUGUGAUUUUGUUGUCAGCACAUUCAACUAUGUAAAGAAAAAAUUAUUUAAUAAGAUUAUUUCAUUCAUUCAGAUCUAGGAUGUGUUGUUUAAGUUUUCCCUUAUUUUUUUGAGCAGUGUAUGUCUGCUGCAGAGAGACGAGAGAGCAUGUGAAAAUGAGUUUUGAUCAGUCAUGGUAAUAAGUGUUGAAAACAUGUUAUUGGCUCACUAUUUAAAAAGAAGAUGGGGAACAAGCUACAGUGCCUUGCAAAAGUAUUCAUCCCCCUUCGUGUUUUUCCUAUUUUGUUGCAUUACAACCUGUAAUUUAAAUUGAUUUCUAUGUGGAUUUCAUGUAAUGGGCAUACACAAAAUAGUCCAAAUUGGUGAAGUGAAAUUAAAAACAUAACUUGUUUAAAACAGUUCUAAAAAAUAAAUAACAGAAAAGUGGUGUGUGCAUAUGUCUCCCGAGUGGCGCAGUGGUCUAAGGCACUGCAUCGCAGUGCUAGCUGUGCCACUAGAGAUCCUGGUUCGAAUCCAGGCUCUGUCGUAGCCGGCCGUGACCGGGAGACCCAUGGGGCGGCACACAAUUGGCCCAGCGUCGUCCAGGGUAGGGGAGGGAAUGGCCGGCAGGGAUAUAGCUCAGUUGGUAGAGCAUGGCGUUUGCAACGCCAGGCUUGUGGGUUCGAUUCACACGGGGGGCCAGUAUGAAAAAUGAAAAAUAAUGUAUGCACUCACUAACUGUAAGUCGCUCUGGAUAAGAGCGUCUGCUAAAUGACUUAAAUGGUGCAACCAAUUACUUUCAGAAGUCACAUAAUUAGUUAGAUUGCACACAGGUGGACUUUAUUUAAAUGUCACAUGAUCUGUCACAUGAUCUCAGUGUGUAUAUAUAUAUAUAUAUAUAUAUAUACACACACAGUGGGGGGAAAAAGUAUUUAGUCAGCCACCAAUUGUGCAAGUUUUCCCACUUAAAAAGAUGAGAGAGGCCUGUAAUUUUCAUCAUAGGUACACGUCAACUAUGACAGACAAAUCGAGAAUUUCUUUUCCUGAAAAUCACAUUGUAGGAUUUUUAAUAAAUGUAUUUGCAAAUUAUGGUGGAAAAUAAGUAUUUGGUCAAUAACAAAAGUUUCUCAAUACUUUGUUAUAUACCCUUUGUUGGCAAUGACACAGGUCAAAGGUUUUCACACACUGUUGCUGGUAUUUUGGCCCAUUCCUCCAUGCAGAUCUCCUCUAGAGCAGUGAUGUUUUGGGGCUGUCGCUGGGCAACACAGACUUUCAACUCCCUCCAAAGAUUUUCUAUGGGGUUGAGAUCUGGAGACUGGCUAGGCCACUCCAGGACCUUGAAAUGCUUCUUACGAAGCCACUCCUUCGUUGCCCGGGCGGUGUGUUUGGGAUCAUUGUCAUGCUGAAAGACCCAGCCACGUUUCAUCUUCAAUGCCCUUGCUGAUGGGAAGGAGGUUUUCACUCAAAAUCUCACGAUACAUGGCCCCAUUCAUUCUUUCCUUUACACGGAUCAGUCGUCCUGGUCCCUUUGCAGAAAAACAGCCCCAAAGCAUGAUGUUUCCACCCCCAUGCUUCACAGUAGGUAUGGUGUUCUUUGGAUGCAACUCAGCAUUCUUUGUCCUCCAAACACGACGAGUUGAGUUUUUACCAAAAAGUUAUAUUUUGGUUUCAUCUGACCAUAUGACAUUCUCCCAAUCCUCUUCUGGAUCAUCCAAAUGCACUCUAGCAAACUUCAGACGGGCCUGGACAUGUACUGGCUUAAGCAGGGGGACACGUCUGGCACUGCAGGAUUUGAGUCCCUGGCAGCGUAGUGUGUUACUGAUGGUAGGCUUUGUUACUUUGGUCCCAGCUCUCUGCAGGUCAUUCACUAGGUCCCCCCGUGUGGUUCUGGGAUUUUUGCUCACCGUUCUUGUGAUCAUUUAGACCCCACGGGGUGAGAUCUUGCGUGGAGCCCCAGAUUGAGGGAGAUUAUCAGUGGUCUUGUAUGUCUUCCAUUUCCUAAUAAUUGCUCCCACAGUUGAUUUCUUCAAACCAAGCUGCUUACCUAUUGCAGAUUCAGUCUUCCCAGCCUGGUGCAGGUCUACAAUUUUGUUUCUGGUGUCCUUUGACAGCUCUUUGGUCUUGGCCAUAGUGGAGUUUGGAGUGUGACUGUUUGAGGUUGUGGACAGGUGUCUUUUAUACUGAUAACAAGUUCAAACAGGUGCCAUUAAUACAGGUAACGAGUGGAGGACAGAGGAGCCUCUUAAAGAAGAAGUUACAGGUCUGUGAGAGCCAGAAAUCUUGCUUGUUUGUAGGUGACCAAAUACUUAUUUUCCACCAUAAUUUGCAAAUAAAUUCAUUAAAAAUCCUACAAUGUGAUUUUCUGGAUUUUUUUCUUCUCAAUUUGUCUGUCAUAGUUGACGUGUACCUAUGAUGAAAAUUACAGGCCUCUCUCAUCUUUUUAAGUGGGAGAACUUGCACAAUUGGUGGCUGACUAAAUACUUUUUUUCCCCACUGUAUUUAUUUUAUUUUUUUAAACAAAUUGAUACCCGGAGUCAAUGUAUCGAUAUAAUAUUGGCCAUCACUAGUUACAGUGCAUUCGGAAAGUAUUCAGACCCCUUCCCUUUUUCCACAUUUUGUUACGUUACAGCCUUAUUCAGCAAUCUACACACAAUACCCCAUAAUGACUAAGUGAAAACAGGUUUUUAUAAAUUUUUGCAAAUGUAUAAAAAAAAAAAAAAAAAAACAUAUACCUUUAUUUACAUAAGUGUUCAGACCCUUUCCUAUGAGAUUUGAAAUUGAGCUCAGUUGCAUCCUUGAGAGGUUUCUACAACUUGAUUGGAGUCCACCUGUGGUAAAUUCAAUUGAUUGGACAUGAUUUGGAAAGGCACACACCUGUCUAUAUAAGGUCCCACAGUUGACAGUGCAAAAACCAAGCCAUGAGGUCGAAGGAAUUGUCCGUAGAGUUCCGAGACUCCGAGGAUGUAGCUCAGUUGAUAGAGCAUGGCAUUUGCAACGCCAGGGUUGUGGGUUCGAUUCCCAUGGGGGGCCAGUAUGAAAAAAAAAAAAAAAAAUUAUGUAUGCACUCACUAACUGUAAGUCGCUCUGGAUAAGAGCGUCUGCUAAAUGACGUAAAUGUAUGUGACAAUAAGAAUAUAUAUUAUAUUAUGUACAUGGCUCUCAGAGGGAAAUCUCUUGUCCACUGGAAAUAAUGUCUUGUCACGUGCUUAGGAGAAUCAAAAACUAUUGUAGAAUAGGUCUCCCAUAUACUGGAUGUUUAAGUCAUGUAGACCUUUGUUGGGACUAGCGUAAUCGUAAUGCACUAGGUCUAUCUGAAGACCACUGGUAGGUCUCUAUUGAAAACAAGGUUUUAUCAGUAUUAAUAGGUCAUGCUUCUCCCUGUAGGUUCUUACUCUCAGGCAUGCAACAGAGUGGCGUUGGAAUUGUCAUAAUGAUUUGCUUGUUUCUUUUUCAGAGCACUUUAAGAACAUCCUUGAAAGAGGGUGCUAUUCCAACCAUAUUUGAUUUUACAAGCCAUUUGAACAAUCCAUCAGGCCGCAACAGGAAUAAGAGAAUAAGAGAACCUGUAAGUAUUGUCAUGUUAAAACACACAAGUAGUUUAUAGUGUCCCAUAUAAAGUCAUGAUGUUGUACCCAAUAUAGUCAUCCAAACCUGAUCUCAGUAAGUGUAUAAUCUGAUACCAUUGCAUUUAUUCCAGUUUACAUCUGACUAAGUAUGUAUUUUAUCCAUUUAGACUGAGGCGGAGCUUGCAUCCUUGAAGAAGGCUAAAGGGGAUUGGUUUGGUAAAUCUAUUUCUUCUCAUUUGUUGUUUGUUUUACCAUAAGAAUAUAAUAUUUCCAUAUUUGGGCACUCACUGCAAAAUGCUUUCAUCUAUUUUCCUACCAAGAAUGACAUGUAGUUGGGUAGCAACUUAAUGGCAGUGCAUAUUCAUGUGGUCUGUAUUGUCAAAGCCUAUAUGUUAAGUAAGGAAAGUACACCUUUUAAUAGGGUAUUUGCAGAAAUUGCUCAACAUAUUUAUUCAGUAACACUUUUUCAAUUUCCGGUCCAUGUUUUCUCCUUUACUACAGAAGAUGAUGCUCCAUCUGAGGUGAAAGAUAAGCCAGGAGAGAAUAGUACAACAUGUGAUUUACAGCAAGAGGACCAAAGGAGAGAGGAUGUCGCCAACUCCAAAGCAAAGGAAGUCCUUAAAGUCUACUUCAAGGAAACCCUUGCCUUCACUGGAUUCAGCAUAGGGAACGAUGCAAACCCCAACACAGAUGAGCCAAUGGGAGACCACAGAGGACAACAGUCUCUCAACCCCAUCUGUGUUGAAAAAAUCGACCAGAAAGAAGUCCUCCAGUUCAGCGAGGACCUCAUGCGGGAGGAGAUCCGGAACAGUUUGAGGUUGGCACGCUUUUUCUCCAUCCUGCUACAAGAUGUGACAAACAUCGAGGGAAAAGAUCAGAUCCCAGUUUUCAUCAGGUCCGUCACAGUGGCAGGGUUCCCUCAGAAACACCUCAUGGGUUUCCUGCCCUGUUAUGCAGAUGCUGAGGGUCUGUUUUACAUGCUGCUUUCAGAAAUUCGGAAUAAGUGGGGGCUGCGGAUGGAGCAUUGUCGAGGACUUACCUACCUGACCACAGGCAGUCUAUGUCAGAAAAUGAAGGAUCUCACCAGCAGGAUUCUGCAGGAGUUUCCUCAGGUAGUGCUAGCACCUAGUGACCCAUACGCCUUUAACAUGUGGCUUAUCCGCUCCAUGCCCAUACCUUCUAUCCAGAAGGUUGUGAACACCGUGGAGGAGGUCGCCACAAUGCUUAGAGGAUCCCCAGAUCUUUGGGAAAGACUGGAGGUGAAAAUCAAGUCAUCAUACGGCCACCUUAAAGGUGAAGUGGACAGGAUCAUAGAGGCUUCCCAGAACACCUGGGAGUAUGGUGUUGAUGCCUUCCAGACCAUGUUGGACAUUCUUGAGCCAUUCCUCGCCUGCAUCAACGAGGUGUGCUCGACUGCAAACGCAGACACAGCUACGUGUGAGCAGAUGGCCAAGCUCAAGCCGAUCCUGAAGAACUUCAAUUUCAUUAUCACCCUGGUUGUUCUGAAGAAUACCCUCUGUUGCGUGAGCAUCCUCAACCCGAGUCUCAGGGGAGCCAUCAGCAUCAGCAGCACCUUGCAGUACACAAUCUCCAACGCCUUAAAGCUGGUCAACAAACAUCUGCAGGAGAUCGCAAUAUUCCACAGGAAGUGGUUUUCUGAUGCGGUGGGCAGGGCUAAGAAGCUGGGAGUGGAGGUCGCUAGGCCGGAGGAGAGCUCACCUGAGAUGGGCGAGGCAGGUGCAACUGAAACCCCUCUGGAGGAUUUCUACAGAGAGACUCUGAGCAGGCAGAUCUUACAGUACCUUGUUGCGGAGGUAAAGAGGGUGUUCAGCACUGAGAUGGUACGGAUUCUGAGAUGGCUCUCAUUGGUGCCGUCUUACAUGGCUGACCACAAUUUCAGUAUCCGCAGGGAUAAAGUGGCGGACGCAAACUUGAACAACCUUGCCCGGCCUGACACGUUUUAUGAUGAGCUUGGUUGCUGGGAGGUGAAGUGGAGACAUGCUAGCAAGCGGAGGAUCCUGCCCACAACAGUGUUUGCAACAUUGAAAAUCCCAGACAUUGCAUUUUACCCAAAUGUGCAGAGCCUGCUGAGAGUUUUGGGCACCAUCCCUUGUGUGAACGCAGAGGCAGACGUGUAUGGGCAGUACAACAUGGUGCUGGAGCGGUACCAGUCCUACCUGAAAGCCACACCGGAGGAUCAGAGACUGUGCAACAUGGCAUUUGUCUAUGUCAAUCAAGACGUGCACUUCAAUGUGGAAGACAUGGUUGAGUCCUAUGUGGAGAAGCAUCCUGACAUAUUGCAGUUUUUGCAUAUGGUAAGUUUAUUUUAAUAUAAAAGUUAUGUGUUCUUGUUGUUUUUUGCUUAGCAAUCAAAUAAACGGAAGAUUUCAAAUAAUUUGAAAAACAAAACAAAAUGAAGGUACCAUAAGUGGGUGUUGGAUAUUUCUUAACUUGUUUUCUUACUAAUAUUUGCAUUUGUAGGUCUCCGUAACGGAACAAAAGCGUUAUUUUGCUAAUGUUUUUAUUUUCUGUGUUCAUAGGAUGAUGAGGUAAUAGAGAUGCAGCCUGAAGCUGGUACGGAUUAAUAUAUAUUUUAUAAUAUUUAUUGCCCCAUUGUGUGUAUAUAUCAAAAUAUUUGCCUUUAUACCUAUGUUUUAUUAAUUAUUCCUUCUUGGCUCAUGCGCUUCACUGAUUUAUUUCAGAACCAGUCUCUGAGAAUGAUGGGAAUCACACUCUAAAGGAGAAUGUUGAAGAAACACAAGAAGAACCACAGGACAUGGCUUCCGAGCUGGAGACCGAGAGAGUGGGGCAACUGAAACUCCCAGCCACAGAAACUAAUAAGGAGGCACUCAAAUCUGCUCUGCAGGUUGCUGUGACAGCUGCAUAUAACAGCCAGAGCAGACAGCCUGGUGAGGCCUCUGCUGAACAGGAUGGCGAGGUUGAAGACUCAUUGAAAUAUGUGUCGAAGUCUGAGAUGGAAGAAGUUCUCAGAGUAUGUGAGGAUGCAGUCAGGGAGGGAAUUCUUGUGGAGGUGGGCACUUCCUUUUUUUCUCUGUUCAUCGACCGCGUUGUGAAGUUAGGGGAGAAAAAACAUCUUCCCCUCUUCCUCAGGUUUGUGGACAGUUUUGAUGUCAUGCGAUUGGAGCUCAUGGGAUUUCUGGAUGUGGAUCUUGACUGUGAUGCCAUGUCAGAGCGCAUAUUGGAAAUUGUCACCAAAGAGUGGCAUCUAGAUUUGUGUUACUGCAGAGGUCAAGCCUACCUAGGAUCCGGCGAUGUCUCCUACAAGCUGAAAGCCUUUGCCUGCAAAAUCCAGGAAAAGUACCCCCUUGCAAUAUGCACACACUGCUCUUGUUACUCCUUUAACACAUGGUGGUCAAAAUCCACCCCUGUGUCAUCAGUCAAAAGGGCCCUGGAUGUUUUUGAAGAGGUUUUGAUGUUUUUUGGGAGCACGCCUAUGCUUGAGAAACAGCUGGAUCAUGUCAUUGCAUUUGGUCUUAGGGAAAGCUAUGAAAAGGUUCAAGAAUUGCAGGGGAAGUUCUGUACCGUUUGGCAGGAGAAGCAUGAUUCCUAUGAAGUCUUUGUGCAGAUGCUGGAGCCCCUUGUCGAAUGUUUGGAGAAAAUCAAGAGCAACCCACAGAGGUGGAAAUCCUCACUCUCGCUAAAAGCUGGAGCACUGCUGCGUUUGAUAAGGGACUUUGAUUUCAUUGUGCCCAUGGUAGCCCUGAAGAACACCUCAUCCUUCACCAGGGAGUUGAGUGCAGGACUCCAGAAGGAUCAUUUCAGCGCAGCGUCCCAGCUCUGCCAGAUCAGUGGUAUAGUGGCUACUCUCAACAGGGUCAAAACAAACAUCAAAGUAUUUCACCAGAAUUGGUUUGACGAAGCUUGUGCCCUUUCCCAGAGUCUAGGUGUGCAGAUAAAAGUGCCUGAUAAUUCAUCUGCAUCCAGGGAUAGCAUGAUGAAACCAGCUCUGUAUUACAAAGAUGCACUGAGUGUGCCCCUAGUGGACAACCUCACCAAUGCUGUGAAGGAUCAUUUCUCUGAGGACCACAAGGAGGCCCUAAACUUCCUCUCCCUGGUUCCCUGCUCUGUGACUGUGAGUUACAUGUUUGAGAUCCUGAGGUCAAAGCCUCCUCUCUACGCCAGUGAUCUACCUGACUCCGACAACUUCUUCACCGAGUUGUGCUGCUGGAGGGUGAAGUGGAAGACCAAAGUUGCGUCAGUGACCAUCCCAGACACCAUCUUUCAGACUCUCCGUCUGCCACUCAUGCAAUACUUUGGGAACAUCAACACACUGCUGAGGAUCAUGUCUGUGUUACCCAGCACAGUACUGGAGAACUGUGGGGAAGUGAUGCGCCACAAGAUGUUCCAGGAAUACCUGAGGAACACCAGCCCCAAGGACAGGUCCCCAUGUCUAGCCAUGCUGCAAGUGGGAACCAACUUCAGCAGAGAUCUGGACCGGAUGGUGACUAAGUGCUUGAAGGUCACUCCCCAGGCUUUAGAGGGCAUCUGCUUGGUAAGUUUCACUGUUUAAAUAAACUUCCAUGAUUGAUUGUUUUGUGUAAUACAUUAGGCAUAUGUAGUUUUUCAGAGCAGCCUAUACUAAAAUGUUGUCAUUUUUAAGGAAAUUAUUUCCUUUUAAUGUUUCUUUCUUUUUUUCUUUCAGGAUAAGGAAUCCAAAAGUCUGAUGAAGAACCCUGAAGCCAAAAUUGAAGGUGUGUGAUAGCAAAGCUUUGUUACAAUGAAUCCCCAUGUGACCAUGAAGUAAUUAUUAGGAAAUACCUAUGUAAUAACACUGUUACCAUUUAGUAUAUGUUCGGUAAUAGGGAUGGGCCCAGGUUUUGUCAAGUGACGAAUUAAAUGAACUCUCUAUUCUAGAAGAUUUAUAGAAUUUGAACUAAAUAAUUUACCUUUUUAUAUUUUCAGUGGAUCAUGGCAAAGAUAGAACAGAGGAGCUUGAGAAUCAGUCUUCUGACAAGAAAGAGAACCUGGAAAUGAAAGCGGUGGAUGAGAAUGGGCACACUGGAGAUAAUCGACAGAGUUUGGAAACGGUGUUCAGACUGGCUGCACGUCUAGGGAAAAAGAAGUGGCAGCUCUCCGAACUCUCCAAAGAAGAUCAUGUUCUUCUCAUACAGGAUCUCGGCCUGUGCCACUGGUUUGGAAGAGAUGGCAAGUUCACUCUUAACGUAGGAGAGGAGGAAAUGGUACAGCUUCUCACAAAAUCCAUUAGGGAAGUCAUACUCUUAGAAAUACAGGAGUCCCCCUUCUUUUCUCUUAUCACAGAUAAACUUGUUGUAAUUGCUAAUAAGAGCUAUCUGCCUGUCUUCGUCAGAUAUGUUGGGGAAUGUGCCCCCAAGGUAGAGCUCAUUGGUUUUUUGCGAUUUUUUGAAACCUGUGAUGUUGAUGUUCAAGCCAAAAAUCUUUCAGCAACUAUAACCGAAGACUGGGGAUUGCCAAUGAGUCAGUGUCGUGGACAAGCAUUCAUGCGCAUGGGCUCAAGUUGUCACAGCCUGAAGAAGAUGUCUUUGGAGUUUCUCAAGAGCUAUCCUCUGUCUGUCAUCACACCCAGUGAGUCUUGUGGUCUUGCCUGUUGGCUAGCAGGAAGUGUACACUGCCCACCUGUCACAAAGAUUCUGGGAAUUGUGGAAGACCUUCUACUGUUCUUUGACCAGUCACCUGGACUGGAGGCAGAGCUAGCACAGGCCGUGGAUGGGUUACUGAAUAUACCUCGAGAGGCCUUGGAGGAGAUUCCAGAAACCUGUUGCUCCAGGUGGAAGAAGAGGGAGGACUUUUUUGAUCUCCUAGUCGACACAUUGGAGGGAGUCUUGAGUUGCCUGGAUUCAGUUAGUUCCAGUGCCACGGGCACUAUGUCACUACAUGCACAGGUCCUCGCCACUGCUUUGAGAGAUGUGGAUUUUGUCGUCACACUUGUGAUCCUGAAGAACGCCUGUGCUCCUCUUCGAAACUGCAGCACUGUCUUUCGCUGUGGUAACCCUGCUGACAUCAUCUGUGAGGUGGAGAAGAUCGUACCAAUCAUAGAGACACUGAACAAGAUGCUGGAGAACAUAAGCACUGUACACUCACCUUGGUUUGAAGAGGCAUUCCAACUAGCAUCCAAGGUGGCCACUCAGCAAGUGUGUUUCCCAGAAGAAGCUAAUUCUUACGAGUCUCCAGAGAUGUACUACAGGGACAACUUGAGUGUUCCUCUACUGAGCUGCCUCAUUGAUGAAAUGAAGUACAACUUCUCCGACAGUCAUUUAAAAGCCUUGAAGAUCCUGUCUCUGCUUCCCACCUGCAAUCCACAGCCCAUUUCAGAGCCAAUCCGUGCAGAGUCCACAGACAAGCUAUACAGUCUCUACCUGUCUGACCUCCCUGAUCCUGACACAGUAGAGCAGGAUAUCAGUAACUGGGCCACAGUGUGGAAAGAUAAAUAUCAGGACAUCUCACCACCAGCUUCUAUCUCUGAGAUACUGCUUCACCCAGAGUCUCAAAGCCAUCCCACAGUGACCAUGCUGCUCAGACUGGUGGCUGUUCUACCCAGCGUCAGUAUGGAGUGGGACCUCAUGAAGACCACCCUGAACUCCAUGAGGGCUCUGCUGAAGAACACGGUCUGCAAGGGCAGCAAAACCGACACUGUGAUGCUUCUCAUGCAUUACCCAACUGUUCAAAGACUAAGGGAGGUCAUUGAGAAGUGCAUCGAAGUUGACCCAGAAAGCAGCCCAUGUCUUGAGCAGGUAAAUUAACAGCAAUACUCCUUUUAACAUUCCAAUGCUGAUGUUUUAGUGACUGAUUUUUAUUGGUAUACAGGAUUUUUUCUGCAUAGAAAAUUAUUGGGUGGGCCCCUUAAGUAUUUUUUCGGGCCGCCUAUGUCCAAAAAAAAAAAAAAAAAAUGGUGUGUGUAUAUGUAUAUAUAUAUAUAUAUAUGUAUAUAUAUAUAUAUAUAUAUAUAUAUAUAUUAUAUAUAUAUAUAUAUAUAUAUAUAUAUAUAUAAUAUAUAUAUAUAUAUAUAUAUAUAUAUAUAUAUACUACCGUUCAAAAGUUUGGGGUCACUUAGAAAUGUCCUUGUUUUUGAAAGAAAAGCAAUUUUUUGGUCCAUUAAAAUAACAUCAAAUUGAUCAGAAAUACAGUGUAGACAUUGUUAAUGUUGUAAAUGGCAAUUGUAGCUGGAAACUGAUUUUUUUUUUUUAUGGAAGAUCUACAUAGGCGUACAGAGGCCCAUUUAUCAGCAACCAUCAGUCCUGGGUUCCAAUGGCACGUUGUGUUUGCUAAUCCAAGUUUAUCAUUUUAAAAGGCUAAUUGAUCAUUAGAAAACCCUUUUGCAAUUAUGUUAGCACAGCUGAAAACUGUUGUGCUGAUUUAAAGAAGCAAUAAAACUGGCCUUCUUGAGACUAGUUGAGUAUCUGGAGCGUCAGCAAUUGUGGGUUCGAUUACAGGCUCAAAAUGGCCAGAAACAAAUAACUUUCUUCUGAAACUCAUCAGUCUAUUCAUGUUCUGAGAAAUGAAGGCUAUUCCAUGCGAGUAAUUGCCAAGAAACUGAAGAUCUUGUACAACGCUGUGUACUACUCCCUUCACAGAACAGCGCAAACUGGCUCUAACCAGAAUAGAAAGAGGAGUGGGAGGCCCCGGUGCACAACUGAGCAACUCUGCCUAGAAGGUCAGCAUCCCAGAGUCGCCUCUUCACUGUUGACGUUGAGACUGGUGUUUUGCGGGUACUAUUUAAUGAAGCUGCCAGUUGAGGACCUGUGAGGCGUCUGUUUCUCAAACUAGACAUUAAUGUAUUUGUCCUCUUGCUCAGUUGUGCACCGGGGCCUCCCACUCUUUCUAUUCUGGUUAGAGCCAGUUUGCGCUGUUCUGUGAAGGGAGUAGUACACAGCGUUGUACGAGAUCUUCAGUUUCUUGGUAAUUUCUCACAUGGAAUAGCCUUAAUUUCUCAGAACAAGAAUAGACUGACGAGUUUCAGAAGAAAGUUAUUUUAUUGCUUCUUUAAUCAGCACAACAGUUUUCAGCUGUGCUAACAUAAUUGCAAAAGGGUUUUCUAAUGAUCAAUUAGCCUUUUAAAAUGAUAAACUUGGAUUAGCAAACACAGCGUGCCAUUGGAACACAGGACUGAUGGUUGCUGAUAAUGGGCCUCUGUACGCCUAUGUAGAGAUUCCAUAAAAAAUCAGCCGUUUCCUGCUACAAUAGCCAUUUACAAAAUUAACAAUGUCUACACUGUAUUUCUGAUCAAUUUUGAUGUUCUUUUAAUGGGCCAAAAAAUGGCUUUUCUUUCGAAAACAAGGAAAUGUGACCCCAAACGUUUACAUUUUAGUCAUUUUAGCAGACGCUCUUAUCCAGAGCAACUUACAGUUAGUGAGUGCAUACAUUUUUCAUACUGGCACCCCGUGGGAAACGAACCCACAACCCUGGCGUUGCAAGCGCCAUGCUCUACCAACUGAGCUACAAGGGGCCCCUUUUGAACUGUAGUGUGUGUGUGUGUAUAUAUAUAUAUAUAUAUAUAUAUAUAUAUAUAUAUAUAUAUAUAUAUAUAUAUAUACAUACACAGUGGGGAAAAAAAGUAUUUAGUCAGCCACCAAUUGUGCAAGUUCUCCCACUUAAAAAGAUGAGAGAGGCCUGUAAUUUUCAUCAUAGGUACACGUCAACUAUGACAGACAAAUUGAGAAAAGAAAAUCCAGAAAAUCACAUUGUAGGAUUUUUAAUGAAUUUAUUUGCAAAUUAUGGUGGAAAAUAAGUAUUUGGUCACCUACAAACAAGCAAGAUUUCUGGCUCUCACAGACCUGUAACUUCUUCUUUAAGAGGCUCCUCUGUCCUCCACUCGUUACCUGUAUUAAUGGCACCUGUUUGAACUUGUUAUCAGUAUAAAAGACACCUGUCCACAACCUCAAACAGUCACACUCCAAACUCCACUAUGGCCAAGACCAAAGAGCUGUCAAAGGACACCAGAAACAAAAUUGUAGACCUGCACCAGGCUGGGAAGACUGAAUCUGCAAUAGGUAAGCAGCUUGGUUUGAAGAAAUCAACUGUGGGAGCAAUUAUUAGGAAAUGGAAGACAUACAAGACCACUGAUAAUCUCCCUCGAUCUGGGGCUCCACGCAAGAUCUCACCCCGUGGGGUCAAAAUGAUCACAAGAACGGUGAGCAAAAAUCCCAGAACCACACGGGGGGACCUAGUGAAUGACCUGCAGAGAGCUGGGACCAAAGUAACAAAGCCUACCAUCAGUAACACACUACGCCGCCAGGGACUCAAAUCCUGCAGUGCUAGACGUGUCCCCCUGCUUAAGCCAGUACAUGUCCAGGCCCGUCUGAAGUUUGCUAGAGUGCAUCCAGAAGAGGAUUGGGAGAAUGUCAUAUGGUCAGAUGAAACCAAAAUAUAACUUUUUGGUAAAAACUCAACUCGUUGUGUUUGGAGGACAAAGAAUGCUGAGUUGUAUCCAAAGAACACCAUACCUACUGUGAAGCAUGGGAGUGAAAACAUCAUACUUUGGGGCUGUUUUUCUGCAAAGGGACCAGGACGACUGAUCCGUGUAAAGGAAAGAAUGAAUGGGGCCAUGUAUCGUGAGAUUUUGAGUGAAAACCUCCUUCCAUCAGCAAGGGCAUUGAAGAUGAAACGUGGCUGGGUCUUUCAGCAUGACAAUGAUCCCAAACACACCGCCCGGGCAAUGAAGGAGUGGCUUCGUAAGAAGCAUUUCAAGGUCCUGGAGUCUCCAGAUCUCAACCCCAUAGAAAAUCUUUGGAGGGAGUUGAAAGUCCGUGUUGCCCAGCGACAGCCCCAAAACAUCACUGCUCUAGAGGAGAUCUGCAUGGAGGAAUGGGCCAAAAUACCAGCAACAGUGUGUGAAAACCUUGUGAAGACUUACAGAAAACGUUUGACCUGUGUCAUUGCCAACAAAGGGUAUAUAACAAAGUAUUGAGAAACGUUUGUUAUUGACCAAAUACUUAUUUUCCACCAUAAUUUGCAAAUAAAUUCAUUAAAAAUCCUACAAUGUGAUUUUCUGGAUUUUUUUUCCUCAUUUUGUCUGUCAUAGUUGACGUGUACCUAUGAUGAAAAUUACAGGCCUCUCUCAUCUUUUUAAGUGGGAGAACUUGCACAAUUGGUGGUUGACUAAAUACUUUUUUUCCCCACUGUAUAUAUUUAUUUAUUUAUGUAUUUUGUUUUAUUGUAAUUUGUUUUACAUGGGAUGGAAAACCAUUUUAAGUGUUAAAUUAAACCACUAAAACCAGAUAUAAAGUAUGUAGAAACGAUAAUGGACCUAUACAUUGUAAAAUAAGAUAAUAUUUGAGAACGAAUCACCAAAAUAAAGCAAGACAGUCAGGGAGAAUCUAAAAUUCCAAAAAUGAUGCAUUCAGGAGUAUUUAUGUCAUUGCAUGGGUCCCCCAUUGAUUUUGUUGUAUUGCUUGAGUCCCUUAGAUAGCAUAAGUCAUGGCAAAAUGUGUAGAAUUCAGGAAAUAAGCUUGAAAACUGCUAAAUGUUAUCUCUGCCACAUGGCAACAUUUUAUAGAAUUGCAGGAAAUUGGCUUUAAAACCGCUACAUUUUGUCACUGCGGCCUAAAAGAGGGCCUCUAAAAUGUUUGGUCAUCAACCGCACCAUUGGCCAGUCCCAUGGCCCACCACCUAAGCCCCAUUUUGAUCCAGAAAAUUCCUGGUAUAGACAUGCAUACAAUUAUUUUAUAUAUUAUUUAUGAAUACUUAGUUUUACCAAACACAGAUAAUAACAGCAAAAAAUACAGCAAGAACCCCCCCCCCAUCCCAUGAUAAAGGAGAUAUGCAUAGCAAUUAAAUGUGUUUUUAAUGUAUUCAAUUCUGUUAUGUGAUUUAGGUGAAGAAACAAAUUAAACGUCUGAAGCUGGAAAGUGGUAAGUGAAUGUUUAAAUCAUAUGAAGAUUCAUCAUGACAUACAGUGGCUUGCGAAAGUAUUCACCCCGCUUGGCAUUUUUCCUAUUUUGUUGCCUUACAACCUGGAAUUAAAAUUGAUUUUUUGGGGGGUUUGUAUCAUUUGAUUUACACAACAUGCCUACCACUUUGAAGAUGCAAAAUAUUUUUUAUUGUGAAACAAACAAGAAAUAAGACAAAUUAACAGAAUACUGAGUGUGCAUAACUAUUCACCCCCCCCAAAGUCAAUACUUUGUAGAGCCACCUUUUGCAGCAAUUACAGCUGCAAGUCUCUUGGGGUAUGUCUCUAUAAGCUUGGCACAUCUAGCCACAAGUCAUACCACAGCUUCUCAGUUGGAUUCAGGUCUGGGCUUUGACUAGGCCAUUCCAAGACAUUUAAAUGUUUCCCCUUAAACCACACAAGUGUUGCUUUAGCAGUAUGCUUAGGGUCAAUGUCCUGCUGGAAGGUGAACCUCCGUCCCAGUCUCAAAUCUCUGGAGGACUGAAACAGGUCUCCCUCAAGAAUGUCCCUGUAUUUAGCGCCAUCCAUCAUUCCUUCAAUUCUGACCAGUUUCCCAGUCCCUGCCGAUGGAAAAACAUCCCCACAACAUGAUGCUGCCACCACCAUGCUUCACUGUGGGGAUGGUGUUCUCGGGGUGAUGAGAGGUGUUGGGUUUGCGCUAGACAUAGCGUUUUCCUUGAUGGCCAAAAAGCUCAAUUUUAGUCUUAUCUGACCAGAGUACCUUCUUCCAUAUGUUUUGGGAGUCUCCCACAUGGCUUUUGUCGAACACCAAACGUGUUUGCUUAUUUUUGUCUUUACGCAAUGACUUUUUUCUGGCCACUCUUCCGUAAAGCCCAGCUCUGUGGAGUGUACGGCUUAAAGUGGUCCUAUGGACAGAUACUCCAAUCUCCACUGUGGAGCUUUGCAGCUCCUUCAGGGUUAUCUUUGGUCUCUUUGUUGCGCCUCUGAUUAAUGCCCUCCUUGCCUGGUCCGUGAGUUUUGGUGGGCGGCCCUCUCUUGGCAGGUUUGUUGUGGUGCCAUAUUCUUUCCAUUUUUUAAAUAAUGGAUUUAAUGGUGCUCCGUGGGAUGUUCAAAGUUUUGGAUAUUUUUUUAUAACCCAACCCUGAUCUGUACUUCUCCACAACUUAGUCCCUGACCUGUUUGGAGAGCUCCUUGGUCUUCAUGGUGCCCCUUGCUUAGUGGUGUUGCAGACUCUGGGGUCUUUCAGAACAGGUGUAUAUAUACUGAGAUCAUGUGACAGAUCAUGUGACAUUUAGAUUGCACACAGGUGGACUUUAUUUAACUAAUUAUGUCGCUUCUGAAGGUAAUUGGUUGCACCAUAUCUUAUUUAGGGGCUUCAUAGCAAAGGGGGUGAAUACAUAUGCACGCACCACUUUUCCGUUAUUGAUUUUUUUAGAUUUUGUUUUAACAAGUAAUUUUUUUCAUUUCACUUCACACCAAUUUGGACAAUGUUGUGUAUGUCCAUUACGUGAAAUCCAAAUAAAAAUCAAUUUAAAUUACAGGUUGUAAUGCAACAAAAUAGGAAUAACGCCAAGGGAGAUGAAUACUUUUGCAAGGCACUGUAUUCUACAUGAACCAUGUAAUAGUAUAUCAUUUAGAGUGACAAUAAUGGAAAGAGGGGUGUUUUAUUUAUCUGUGUGUUUAGAUUUCAGAGCUUUGGAUGUAAACCCUGAUGAGAGACAUGAGCAGACAGUUGAGGAACACCAAGCUGAUAUGGCAGAGCAACCCCCUGCAGGAGAGCUGA